AUGCGGUUCAUGCUGCUGUUCAGCCGGCAGGGGAAGCUGCGCCUGCAGAAGUGGUACUUGGCCACCGCCGACCGCGACAAGAAGAAGAUGGUUCGGGAGCUGAUGCAGGUGGUGCUGGCCCGCAAGCCCAAGAUGUGCAGCUUCCUCGAGUGGAGGGACCUCAAGGUCGUCUACAAGAGGUGA